AAGAGAAAGGAAAGGAAGACGAAACCGACGAACCUCACAAAAGGAUCUUAGGUUUCUGUAUCUUCGCUUUUCAAUUUCUCUUUGAUCGUUUCUUUCAAUUUCUAUAUUUUCUUCCCGGAUUUUUCUCUCCGUAAAAGAAGAUGUUGGAGAAGAUCGGAUUGCCGGCGAAGCCAUCGCUUCGAGGAAAUAAUUGGGUGGUCGACGCAUCUCACUGUCAGGGAUGUUCUUCUCAGUUUACAUUCAUUAAUCGAAAGCAUCAUUGCCGGAGAUGUGGGGGCUUGUUCUGCAACAGUUGUACGCAACAGAGAAUGGUCCUACGUGGUCAAGGUGACUCACAAGUUCGGAUAUGUGAUCCUUGUAAAAAACUUGAGGAGGCCGCACGAUUUGAGAUGCGGCAUGGGCAGAGGAGCAGAACUGCAAAAGGUAGAUCAAAACUGACAUCAAAGCACGAGGAGGAAGUUCUAAAUCAAAUUCUUGGGAGUGACAGGAAGGAGACCUCUUUAGGACAUAUUUCCACCUUUGACAUGGUCUCCAAUCUUCAAAGGGCUACAAGCAGUGCAUCUUGUUCAAAUAUAAAUGAAGAAUCUAUUGCCCAAGAUGGAGAACAAGACAUGCAUAGGUGUGUCACUGUGGACAUGCAAAAUCCUGCUCCAAGUGAGAUGGGAAGCACAAGUCCAGAAGAGUUGCGUCAGCAAGCACUGGAAGAGAAAAAGAAGUACAGAAUUCUCAAGGGAGAAGGAAAACCUGAUGAAGCCUUAAGGGCCUUUAAGAGAGGAAAGGAUCUUGAGAGGCAGGCUUUAGCUUUAGAAGCUGCAUUAAGAAAGACCCGCAAAAAGGCUUCUUCUAGUAGUCUGGCUGACAUCCAGAAUGUAAAAGAUGGCCUAAAAGAAUCAGGUCAAAAGAGUAAACGAUCUCAUACAAUGCUUAAAGAAGAAAAAGGUGACCUUGUUGCUGAAUUGAAGGAAUUGGGAUGGUCUGACAUGGAUCUUCAUGAAGCUGGUAAAAAGAAAGAAAAAAUCAGUUUGGAGAGUGAACUGUCUAGCCUUCUUGGAGAAAUCCCUCAAAAUUCUAAAGGCAAGGGAAAUGGGAACAUUGAUAGGAGCCAGGUCCUUGCUCAUAAGAAAAAGGCUCUCAUUUUUAAGCGGGAAGGGAAUCUUGCAGAGGCCAAGGAAGAGCUAAAGAAAGCCAAGGUUCUAGAAAAGCAACUUGAGGAACAGGAUUUCUUGGCUGAGGCCGAAGACUCAGAUGAUGAGCUAGCUUCUCUGAUCCAUAGUAUGGAUGACGAUAAACAAGAUGGAUUUUCAAUUGGAUAUGAGCAGGACCCAGGUUUUAACUUUGAGAACUUCGUUGAUGUUGCUGAUGAUCUUGGUCUUGAUGGUAAUUUUGAAGUUACAGCUGAGGAUAUGGAUGACCCAGAGAUAACUGGGGCCCUAAAAUCAUUGGGUUGGACUGAAGAAUCUUCUCACCCAGAGAACAUUAUAUCCCAAUCUGUUUCAAUGGACAGGGAAGCAUUAUUAAAUGAAAUCCUUUCUCUGAAAAGAGAGGCUCUAAACCAAAAACGAGCAGGUAAUACUGUGGAAGCAAUGGAACAACUAAAGAAAGCUAAGUUACUUGAAAGAGAUCUUGAGAUGUUGCAGUCUCAGGCAGACAUCUCUGCAUCUCUUUCUUUGAAGCAAAAGGUUCAAGCCUCACAGACUAUUGAAAAUUCAUCUAUCUCGAUUGAAGUGGAUAAUGGAACUGUUGGGUUAUCGAAAAUUAUGGAUUCUGAAUUCCCCAAGAAAAGUAAGCUAAUGAUUCAGAAAGAGCUUUUGGGUCUGAAGAAGAAGGCUCUUGCUUUGAGGAGGGAAGGAAGAUUGGAUGAGGCAGAAGAAGAAUUGAAGAAAGGAAAGGUCCUUGAGCAUCAAUUGGAAGAGAUGGAGAGUGCUUCUAAACUGAAGGCCACAAGAGCGAACAUUGGUAGGAGGGAAUCAGAAUCAACAUACAAACAUCCAGAUGUGUUUACAGCUCCUGCAUUGGGAGUUGAAGGAGAUGAAGUGGAUGUGACAGACCAGGACAUGCACGAUCCUGCAUUGCUCUCUAUGCUUCAGAAUUUGGGUUGGAACAAUGAAGAUGUUGAUGCUGUAAGUUUGCAAUCAAGUCCUUGUCAUGGUGUUACAUUGUCUGAACAUGCCACUGAAACUGCUGCAACCCAAACCCCUCCUAAAGUCGUGGCACCAAGAAAAACUAAAGCUGAAAUUCAAAGGGAACUCCUAGGCUUGAAAAGAAGGGCCCUUGCUUUGAGACGCCAAGGAGAGGCUGAGGAGGCUGAGGAAGUGUUGAGAACGGCGAAGGUAUUAGAAGCACAACUUGCAGACAUGGAAGUUCCACUUAAUACUCUUAAUCCACAAAUGAAGCAAGCAAAUACAUACCUUGUCCAGAAAAAUGAAACCACUAAUCCUCCUUCAACAAGUUCUGCUGGGCAAGAAGAUGAAGAGGUUGUAACAGAAGAAGAUAUGAAUGAUCCAACACUUCUCUCUGGUCUAAAGAGUUUGGGCUGGAGGGAUGAAGAUGUUGAACUUCUUAGCAAGCCAACAAGACCUUCUAAACAUCUAAAUGAACAAGAUACUGAUUCAUCUGUGAUCAAACUCUCUUCUGAAGUCCCAGUUGUGUCAUCAAGAAGAAGCAAAGCUGAAAUCCAAAGGGAACUCCUAGGUUUGAAAAGGAAGGCCCUUGCCCUUAGACGACAAGGAGAGAAUGAAGAGGCUGAGGAAAUCCUAAGGACGGCAAAGGCAUUAGAAGACCAAAUGAAAGAGUUGGAAGUCCCAAAGCAAGAUCUUCUGCCAGAUUCUACCAAGGGACCGAAUUACCCUGUGGUUUUGAUUGCCCAAGAGGAAAAUGGAAAUAUAACAGCUGUGGGAGAAGUAAGUAAAGUAGCAGCUGAGUCAACGGAGGGUUCAAAGGAUAAAGUAGCUAAAUUGCAAAUUAACUUGGGUUGGAAGGACAGUAACACAGCAAAACCUCCUCCAGGUAGUUCUGCCAGACAUGUCUCUGAAACUUCAUGGUCCAUCAGGGAUCAGACUCCAUUAAUAGAAGUUGGCUACUCUGAUGACAAGAGAGAAGUCGAAAACGUGUCCUUUCCCCAGUCACGUCAGUCUGCGAACCUGAUUGAUUUGUUGACUGGAGAUGACUGGAGACGUUCCCAAUUAUCUAUUGAAGAACCACAAAAUAAAGGAAACAUCACUUCUGAUAUGUCUAGUGUACCCACACCGCCAGGAACCUUUAGGAGCACAAAAAUGGAAAUGGGCAGUAAAGAGGCAAUUAUUUCUGAGAAUAGUGGAAAAACAGUUCUUAUAAUCAAUAAUGGACUGAAGAAUGAAGUCAAUUCUGCACCACAAUCUGUUUCUCAUGACAAUAAAAACUCUUUGCAGCAAGACAUAUUGGCUCAUAAAAGAAAGGCUGUUGCUUUGAAGAGAGAGGGAAAAUUGGCAGAAGCUAGAGAGGAAUUGCGGCAGGCAAAGCUCUUGGAGAAGGGUCUAAAUGAAAUCUCUCAAUCCGAUGCAUCCAUCUCUACUUCAGAUCAUACUUCUGUUGGGCAAGAAGUUCGUAGAACAGAAAGUCAGGCUCCAAAACCAAUGUCAGGUCGAGAUCGUUUCAAGUUGCAACAGGAGUCCCUUGCGCACAAACGACAGGCUCUGAAGCUGCGGAGGGAGGGUCGUACAGAAGAAGCAGAAGCUGAAUUUGAGUUGGCUAAGGCACUUGAGAUGCAGCUUGGAGAGAUGUCAGGGAAUGACACCGGAAAUACUGGCAAAUCUGUCAAUGAAGAAAAAAUGGAAGAUUUGAGUGUUGAGGAUUUUCUUGAUCCACAACUUCUGUCUGCCUUGAAAGCAAUUGGGUUGCAGGAUGCUGACAUUGUCUCUCGAGACCCAGUAAAAUCAGAAGUUGCUAAACCAACUACUGCUAAGAGAGAAAACUCCAGUCAAGAGAGAAGUCAACUAGAAGAGCGCAUCAAGGAGGAGAAGGUGAAGGCGCUCGGACUAAAAAGGGCAGGGAAGCAAGCGGAGGCCUUGGAGGCACUUAGGACGGCCAAACAACUUGAGAAGAAACUCAAUUCAUUGCCUUCGUAGUGAAGCAGACCUUAGAAUGCCAUAUUCUGAGCCACAACUAUCCUAAGCUCGUAUAAUUUCAAACCAAUAUUGGAAGUGGACAUGUAUGUCAUAUAUUAUGACAUUCAUGCCUUUUAAGCAAUGUUUUAAAAAACGACGUGGAACUGAAACCGUUUUGGCCA